AUGGGAGACAAGAAGAAACAUCAAAUUUGUAAGCAUCUGGUGAGGAUGGAAUUCGAGGUGGUGAAGAGGUUUUUGGACGUGGCUAGAAGCAUGGAGAAUGAGGAUCGAGGAAGCGUCGAGAAGAUGCUGCAUCACCUGCAGGGGAUUUUGGAAAAAUCCCUCAUCUCACCACCAGACAACAUGCAGCUUGCGAAGGAUGGAGUUUGCAGCUUUGCAGAAUUUCGAGGGAAGCUUGAAAGUGCUGUAAGGAAGGAGACACUGACGUCCUCGUUCACUAGCAUUGCCCAGGAGGAUGAGGAAGUUAUUGUGCGUGAAUUCUCCGAUUGUCUCACUGAGGAUGCUCUCAGUCCAUUCAUGAAAUUGAAGCAUGCCGAAAAAAGCUGCGAGUGGAGAAGUUACGUGCAGAUUGGCUUUGGGGGCCAUGGAACUCAAAAAAUCCAAGCAGGAAACAUCGAGCUUAGGAUCAUUCCCGGAAACCGGAGGGAAGUGACAGAAGGAUCUUUCAAUCAACCUCUCUGUGCGGCAGUAUUCUCCAAUGAGGUCGUCGAUGUCGAUCGAUGUCUGCUGUGGCUUUGCAACCACCAAGGCCGCUGCAGUGGAGAGAAAAAAAUUCCCAAAUCCUACGUGACAGGCUUUACCAGGCGGCAAGGAUUGAGCAGGCAAUUCAUCAGCAUAAUUUCAAAACACAGACCCCUACUCGUGCAAGCUCACAUGCAUUGUGUAAUUGCCAGCAGCUCGGAGAUUUCCUUGUUAACACCAGUCAUCGAUAUGAAGGAUCUUCUGGAGAGCCUCAGGAAGCCGAACCAAUGCAUUCUCUCCAAUGUUAAGGACUUAAAUAAGUGCGGUCCAUUGCAGUCUGCAAAAAGUGGCACAUAUCAUGAGAGUAGCAGUGGCGUUGAGGAGAUGUAUGGUCAAGAAGAGUGCUUCGCAGGAGAGAAGCGUACCUUCCAUCUUCUAGACAACUAUGUCCAUUUUCGAUGUCAUGCAUCACAUGAACCAUUGCGCACAACUCCCGACACAACUGAUGAAAUGGAAGGAUAG